AUGAGUCGACGAUCAGAUUCGCGUCCGGAGAAAUUCAAUGAUGAUUAUAAAAAACGACCGAAGAUUAAACGAUCAAGUCGGUCACGGUCGCGCUCUCCACUCUCACAUCACUCGUCGUAUGGUAUCACCAGUGAAUCGUACAGUAGUAAUCGUAAGCAACGUUCAGACCAUCACCGACAUUUUCAACCAUCAUCAUUAUCAUCGUCGUCGUCGAAAUCAAACGGAUUUAUUCCUGAUGAAGAAACGAAGAAGUUCUACGAGAAACCAACCGGUAGCGAAACGGGCUUUUGGACGUCGGAAGAUUAUACAUUUCGUGAUAUGAUUGCCAAAGAUGUUCGCAAUGAAAUCGAAGAUGAUAUUGCAAGCAAAGGUUCCGACGAGGAAUCUGAAGUAGAUUCUGAACUUGCUGAUUAUGCCGAUCGUGCUGAUCUCGAUGAUGACGAUGAUGAUGAGCAGAAGAAAACUAUCGUUGAACGUCUCAUACCAAUGAAAAAAGACGAAGAAAACAGCAAACAUCUCAAGACCGAUCAGGUUCUCGCACGAGACAAAUCAUCGUAA